UGCUUUAUUCCUUUAGGUUUGUUGGUUGGGAGCCUGCCUAUAAGACGGGACUGUGAGUUACCCGCUGGGUUGGGCUAAAGGUACCUUGGUUGGGAAGCCUAGGCGCUGGUCGUAAGACAUAGCGAAAGCCGCGCUGUACCAGCACUCGCCACUCAGAGGGAGAAUUGGCGAGUUGGUUUUGGUUUUGGAAUAUGUAAUUGGUUUAUAUCGUUGUGUUAUUGCGCUGGUCGUAAAACGUAUUGGUUUAUAUUGUUGUGCUAUUGUGAAUUUGAUUUUGAAUUCAGACUGUGGUGUGUGUGUGUAUGUGUGUGUGUGUGUGUGAGUCAGUAUGAUGCCGUUUAAAACCUUUAAGGCACUAUCUUGUGCAGAAAAUGAUAUCCCUAGCGAUUCUCCGCUUGGUUGCUUGUUAAAACAUUGGAAGGAAAGAAAUUUCGGACAAGAGUUAAGAAAGAAACAAUUGAUUGAUUAUUGUAAUAAUGUGUGGCCUCAGUAUGAGACAGAAGGAAUGCAGUGGCCUAGGAAUGGUUCAUUGACUCCGGAAAUUAUAACCCCCUUGAUGCAAUAUUUACGGGAGAAUGAAAUAUGGGAUGAAAUACCGUAUCUAGACUUGUUUUAUUAUUUAAAACGUAAGACUGAAUGGCAAAAAGAAUGUGGUAUGUUGAUUUUGAAAGAAUUAGAUGAUAAAUGCAUAGGAUGUCAAGAACGGAAAAUACGGUUUUCAGAACCAGAAGAGGAUGUGUCUUUGUUAGUCUCCCCCAGCAUAACUCCAAGUGCGCCCCCGAGAGAUAGUCUCCCUUCACGUGUGAGGGCACAAUCACCCACCAUGCCCCCGCUAGAAUCGUCCUCGGAUGAGGAAGAAAAGAGAAAAGAGAGAAUGUGAUUUUGAUAGAACUCCUUUAGCUGAACAAACACGGAGAGCACGAAGAGAACGAGGGAGGAGUAGAGAAAGACGGCGGGGGGGGGGAAAGUUGAGGGAAGUUUUGCUUUCACCCCCGAGAUUAAUGGCCCCUUCGCAGGAAGCAGUUGGAGCGGACGGGGGAAAGGUCAUGAUGAAAGUUUCUUUUUUUUACCUAAUGAUAUAUUAAUUUGGAAACAGUCAGCUGGGUCAUACAGAGAAAAUCCGGAGCAGGUGACUUGUAUUAUAAAAAUGGUUAGAAAAACUCAAAAUCCAGACUGGAAUGAUUUACAGGUAUUGUUAGAUACAAUUCUGGACUCAACUGAAAAAGAAAUGGUAUUAAGAGUGAUGGUGGAAAGAGCGAAAGAAAGAAUGCGAACUCUGCCCCGGGCGGCGGGGGGAACAGUGGAUGAUUUUGUGCCACAGGAGGAUCCCGAGUGGGAUCCAAAUGUGUCUGGAGAUUGUAGAAAGUUGAGAAUUUACCGAGAAUUGUUGGUGGAGGGAGUGCAAAGUGAGAUACCAGGGACGCUGGACUGGUCAGGGCUGUGCUUAGUGGGACGGAAUGGGGAGAAUCUCUUUCAGCCUUUUUAGAGAAAUUAAAAGAGGAACCUCUGAAUGAAGUUAAAAGUAGCAAAAAAGAGGAACCUCAGAGAGAGAUUACAAAUAGCCCUCUGAAAAGAAGAUUAGUAAAAGGUGACUUUGAGGCUAGGACGCUGAGGAUUCCCCCUGAAAGUCCCUUGGGGAACCUCUUAGAGAACCGGAGUUGUUAUUCCAGCACUUAUAGAAGAUCAAAGGAGAAAAUGAUUAAGUAUUGUAUUGAAGUGUGGGGAGGUAGAAGAAUAGGAAAUAAUACUUACUGGCCCAUAUAUGGUACUUUUAAGAAUUGGGUCUGUGAACUUUUAACUUGGUAUGUUAGCAAUAAAAACCCUUUUGCCCAGAGGAGAGUUUUUAUGCCGAUAUAUGGUUAGAAGCCAGUGAAGAUAUUUACUUGUUUUCUUUAAGAGAAAGAAGGAGCACAACCCGUUAGAGUGUGACAAUACCCAAUUAGUUUAGAAGCCAGGAAAGGAAUAGCUCCUAUGAUCACACAGUUUUUAAUUUUAGGGAUAUUAAAAGAAUGUGAGUCAGAGUUUAAUACUCCCAUUUUUCCGAUAAAAAGCAAAAUGGUAAGUAUAGGUUAGUGCAAGACUUUAGAGCAGUAAACAUCAUCACAAAAGAUAUCCACCCGGUUGUAGCUAACCCUUACACCUUGUUAACAUCUGUUUCUGAGAGAUUUCAGUGGUUUACAGUGAUAGAUCUAAAGGAUGCCUUCUUCUGCAUACCACUGGCACGGGAAAGUUGGAAAAUCUUUGCCUUUGAAUGGGAGAACCCAGAGACUGGACGGAAGCGACAGCUUACUUGGACUCGAUUACCACAAGGAUUCAAAUGCUCACCCACGAUAUUUGGUAAUCAGUUAGCAAAGGAACUUGAAGAAUGGAAGACCACUCAGGAAUGGUCGGAUGGUGCAGACUGUGGAUCCCCAACUUUGGACUAACUGCCAGACCUUUAUAUGAAGAAGUAAAGGAGCCCAAGCUGACCUGGGGGACGAAGCAAGAGAAAGCGUUCCAGGAAUUGAAAAGAGCCCUCCAGGAAGCACCUGCCCUGGGACUGCCGGACCCAACCAAGGAGUUUCAGCUCUAUGUCUGCGAGAGACAACGAAUGGCUUUAGGAGUCCUCACUCAGCGUCUAGGAUCCUGGAAAAGACCGGUUGGAUAUUUCUCCAAACGGCUAGACGCAGUAAGUGGGGGAUGGCCAGGGUGUCUCAGAGUUGUGGCAGCGACGGUUACUUUAAUACAAGAAGCACGAAAAUUGACUCUGGGAAAACACAUGGUAGUGUACGUACCCCACAUGGUCAUAGCAGUUUUAGAACAAAAAGGGGGGCAUUGGCUCUCAUCUAGCCGCAUGUUACAGUAUCAAGCUUUGUUGAGAGAACAAGAUGAUUUUGAACUGAAAAUCACUAACCAUCUCAACCCAGCAGAAUUCCUUAGGUCUACACAGGAAGAAGGUAUCCUGGAGCAUGACUGUGUAAAGACCAUUGAACAAGUCUACGCGAGCAGAAGAGACUUGAAGGAUGAGCCAUUGACAGAUCCUGACUGGGAAUUGUUCACUGACGGUCUAGCUUUGUGGAGAAUGGCAUCAGGUAUGCUGGGUAUGCAGUAGUCACUGAACAAGAAGUGAUAGAAGCAAAUGCACUACCCCCAGGUACGUCUGCACAAAAGGCCGAAAUAUGGGUAUUGGUGAGAGCUUUGAUAUUAAGCCAAGGAAAGAGAGUUAAUAUAUGGACUGACUCCAAAUAUGCUUUUGGGGUAGUUCAUGUUCACGGAGCACUCUGGAAAGAGAGAGGACUUCUUACUUCUCAAGGGACAACGAUUAAACAUCGGGAAGAAAUUUUACAAUUGCUAGAGGCAAUACACAAGCCCUCAACAGUGGCAAUAAUGCAUGUUAAAGGACAUCAGAGAGAUCCCGGACGAGAAUUUCGAGGUAAUCGACAGGCUGACCAAGCGGCUAAGCAGGCCGCAAGAGAAGUAUGGACUCAGAUGGUUCUUUUGCCUGUUCGAAAUAAUCCAGCAAUACCAUAUAUGGAAGAAAAACCACAUUAUUCACAGGAAGAUGAGAAAUUAGCUCAAAUGACAAAUGCAAGGAAAAAUGUUAAAAGGUGGUAUAUUUCCCCCAUAGGACAAGUGAUUUUACCUGUCAGAAUAAUGAAAGCAGUGCUUGAAACAGAACACAAUAAGUGCCACUGGGGUGCAAAAGCAUUGGUAAAAUUUUUGAAAAAUGAGGUUCUCUCAAACCAGAUGUUAACACUGGCAAAAAGGGUAAAUGCAAUGUGUCCUAUGUGCAUAAAGAAUAACCCAGUAGUCAGGAAGUAGGUGUAGAUGGGAAAAUUACAGAUAGGUCAGUUACCGGGAGAUUACUGGCAAGUAGAUUUUUCUGAGUUGCCUAAGGCCCAAUCCUAUAAGUAUUUGUUAGUAUAUGUCUGCACCUUUUCAGGAUGGCCUGAGGUUUUUUCCUGUAGGACUAAUCAAGCAAAGGAAGUGGUAAAAACUCUCUUGAGAGAAAUCAUCCCAAGAUUUGGAGUUCCCCUAGGGCUGUCCUCUGAUCGAGGACCGCACUUUAUAGCAGGGAUAGUACAAGAUGUGUCUGUUGUAUUAGGGAUAACAUGGAAUCUCCAUACACCAUGGAGACCACAGUCUAGUGGACAAGUUGAAAGGAUGAAUCAGACAUUGAAAGGUCAAUUGAAGAAAAUCUGUCAGGAAGCAAAGAUUCCGUGGCCCCAAGCAUUAUCCAUUGCCCUGUUGAGAAUUAAGAUCAAACCAAGGGAGAAGAUAGGAGUAAGUCCAUAUGAAAUAUUAUAUGGCAAACCUUAUCAUGCAGCUACCUACCAAGGGGAUCCUCAUAUAGUAGGUGAUCAAGCAGUGUUUAAUUAUGUGUAUUCUUUAAAUAAGACUCUCACAGCCCUCAGAGGAGCGUUGCAGUGGAAUCGACCUUUGCCCCUGGAGAAUCCAGUGCAUGACAUUUCUCCGGGAGAUCAUGUCUACGUGAGAAACUGGUCGGUGGAGCCGCUGAAAGAAACAUGGGACGGUCCUCGCCAGGUGAUAAUGACGACCUACACCGCAGUAAAAGUCGAAGGAAUCGACAGCUGGAUCCAUUAUACUCGGGUCAAGAAGGUUCCAGUCUUGUGGUCGGUAGAACCUCUCUCACCCACAAGGAUGGUAUUUCGAGCCAACAAUUGAGAAUCGUGGUGUUCCUGGGGUUGAUAAGUUUGGCAGAGACCUUUGUGAAAAUUGAAACCCCUGACCCUUACCUGCUAGUCCCCGAAGUUACUGAUGUAAAUUUAACCUGUUUGUUUUCUGAUGACCAGGGAGCUGAAUUAAGGGAUGUUAACGUCAAGUGGAGAUGGAGAGAUCAAGAUCAAACCAUGACAGAAGGAGUGACAACAGUUUGGGAUGCUACACAACAAAAAGGUUACACCGUUCUGCAGGUACCCAAAAUGUCUAAAGCCAUGGAAGGGACAUAUAUGUGUGCAGUUUGGAUUUGAGAAAGUUUUGAUUAUGGACAUAUAGAAAUACGGACAGUAAACACGACUCAGAAAACGGUGACCACAGUGCGAGUUAUACCCACCAGGAAACAAUCAGACAUGUGGGAUGGUCCUCCUUUAAAAAUCAAUUGUACCUUCCAAUUUGAUGAUUGUCAAAAAUCAAUUAAAGUAAAGUGGUGGAAACUGAAUCUGGCAAAUCAAUCUUGGGAAUCACAAAGUCAAGGAGUUAGCUGGUGGUCAAAUAGUAAGGGAGGUAAAGGGUGGCUGAAUAUUUCUAAUCCCAGAGUAGGAAAGACAGAAGGUACAUUUCUUUGUGUGGUCUCAUGUGGAGAAGAAAAAGAUUAUGGGAUAAGAACAGUAGUAGCCGUACCACAUCAAGGAGUAAGACUCAGACCAGAACACAGUGUUUACCCAGCUCAGGAAGGAAGAGAUCUGAUUCUAAGUUGCAAAAUUCCAGAAGGACAGUAUUCUGAAUAUGGGUGGCGGUUUAAGGGACAGAACUUGAAAGUUGGGAAGAGACAUCAGAUUGGAAAGAGAGCAGACGCAAUAGUUUUGAAAAUCAAAGAAAUACAAAGAGGAGAAGAUGAGGGCCAAUAUACUUGCUGGAUAAGUAAAGAUGACUGGUGGGAUACUGGAAUUACUGCCGUCUACAUAAGGGCUGAAAGAAUAACCCGGCAAGUAAGUAACCCGCAAAUUCCAGAUAGAGAAGUAGAACAAGAAAACCUAGUCGUAGGCCUAAUUCGUGAUUUUGGGAGAGUACAGAAUGUCACAAAAAUUACUGCAUGUCUCCCUAUGCCUCAUGCUGUAGGAGACCCAAUCCCAUGGGGAAUAAUUCCAGUACAAGAAAUUCCUAAAUUGUUUAAGAAUACUACGUGGAAUUGCAGAUUUGUGACCAAAACAUGGAAUGAAAUGAUAGAUGCAUGUCUACUCAAAAACGAAAUGACUAAGAAACAAUGUGAACAAGUACCUGGAUUUUUCCGAUGGGUAGUAGUUGGAACAUGGGUAACAAGCGAAAACAUUGACAAAUUAAAAGGAUCUUGUUUAGUUACAGAUUCAGUAAUAUACCCAUGUUCUAAAGUCCCGGCUCAAAUAAAACGAGAAAAACAAGAACAAGUAUGUCAAAAUAUUACUAGCUCUACAACCAUGGAUGAAUGGCAAACAAUUUGGGGACCCAGCUUAUUAGAGACUUAUAGUUAUAUUGGAAAAGUACAGUGGUGUAUUCACUGGAAAGGGAAAAAGAAUCAAACUUAUUCUACAAGCAAUAGAGGAAAUCAUAAUUGGAGGACAGAAACACGUGCAAAAGAGAAUUGGAAUUGUACUCGAGUAUAUACAUGUGAUACCCCAGACGAUGAAAUAGGCUUAAUGCCAGUCAAAACACUUUUGCAGUUAGGAUGUGAAUGUCGAGGGUAUAACCAUAUGAUUAAGGGAUCUGUGAAAAAUAUUGAUUGCCGUACCACCACAGUUAAGAGCCCAGGAAUUUUAGUGUGAGUCAUGGGACAUGGCCAGUGGACCACCCACAUGCCAAUAGAUAGUCCAGUUGUACCUGUCACACUAGGGAUACCUACUCUCUGUCCAUUCUGGAAGCGGGAUAAGUUAACAUCAGUAGAAAUACAACCACGAGGGAAAAGAGAAAUUAGUAAAGACAUUGAUGACCUGGGGUUGGGAGAUUGGCAUGAACCAUCAGCAGGAGUUAAAUUUAGAUGGGCAUUAGAGUCUCUGUUUGCACCAAUCUCAACAUACCGGAACAGAGAAAUGUUGUUUAAAUUAAUGGGACAAACUGAAAGGCUAGCAGCAGUCACCAAGAAGGGAUUUAAAGAUCUAAAUUUACAAUUACAAGCCACCUCUAGAAUGACCAUACAAAACCGCAUGGCAUUAGACCUAAUAUUACUUAAGGAACAUGGAGUUUGCGGCUACCUGCAUGCUAAGGACGAGCAUUGUUGUGUGCACAUCCCAAAUGUCACUCAGGAAGUAGAAAAAGAUAUUAGUCAAUUAGAACAAAUUGACGAGAAUGUUCAUGAACUGCAAAAAGAAGCAGAACACAAUUGGAUAGGACAAUUAUUCAGCUCCCUAGGUCUUCAUGUGUCAGGAUGGAUAUCUUCUGUUAUCCAGUAUGGAAUAUUGAUUGUAGUGAUUAUUGUGAUAGCUAUAAUUGUUUACAAGUGUCUUUUAGGAAUGAUUGUAAAAGAAGGUCAACAUAUGGGACGCAUCAUGAAAGCUAUAACAAGAAAAGAAGUAAUCUCAUCGCAAGAUGGACCACCUCCUGCCUGUCAGGAAACUGCAACCUGAAGAUUGCUGUAUUUGAGCAUCCUUGCAAGCAAAGCCUGAAGAAUGCUCAAAAGGGGGGACAUGUUGCAAAGCAAUUUAAAUUUUAGUAGUAGAAUGGCUAAGGCUUAGUAGGAGAGUAGGCCUAGAAAAGCAACACUCCAAAGAAGUAAGUUAGCAACCUUGUUUGUGUGCUGAAAAAGGUGGAAACCAUAAUCAAAGGAUCUAGUCAAGCAUGUAUAUAAUGAUUUGUUACCUAGGAUAUAGUAAUUUGUUACCUAAGAUGAAGUAAGGGUCUGUUAAACAGUUUCUAAGGGUAAGACAACUUAAGCAGAUUUAUGAUUAGAGUAGAUGAUUAUUAAUUGUUAUC